CAACCAAUUUCACUAAUCGCGUGAGAAUCGGCCAACUAUAACCCGCGGCGAUGCCCCAGCAAAGUGUGAGACUCCGCGGGCGCGUGUCCUACGCCAUAAAUGCGCAAUUCGGGGCCAAUUAGUGGCUGUCUGAGGUGUCCUUUGGCCGCUCCUCCUGCUCCUGCGGCUCCUGCGCCCGCAAAACAAGCUCAUUUGCAGGCCACAGACUUUGAACUUGCGACGCGCGUGUGCGUGCGAUCGUGGAAAACAAAAGAAAAGCCCCCGGGCAGCACAAACAAUAACACACCACUACAAUAACACACCGCCGCACUAUCGAUGCGAAUACCAAACAUGUUAUCUGCGCCCCGGCUAAUCUUCCUGGGCGCUCUGCUCGGCGCCUCCGUUAGCUCCUCCCCCAUCGAGUUCGUGAUGAACACCAGCCUGAAUGCCUCCCGGUCUGAUCCUGCGACCGCUUCCCACCCUGGCAAGUGGCCACCGACGACCAAGGCGCCGAAUGGAACAGCUGGCCAGGCUUAUCAAUCGUCGUCACUCUCCGCUGAUAACAGGAGCCACGACAACAACAACAACAACCAUAUCAACGGUAGCACUGUAGCCAUGCAAGACGGCGAUGGAUCCGGAGCAGUUGCCACGGCUGCUGCCCCCCAGCUGCCCAUCUACGUAGCUCAGCCCGCCCCCAAGAAGCCACAAAAAAUGAUCAAGUGCCACUGCGACGUCUGCAAGGACUCGAACCACAUUUGCGAGACGGACGGCUAUUGUUUCACGUCGGUGGAGAAGAACGCCGAUGACACCAUCAUCUUCAGCUACAGAUGUCUGCACAAAUCGCAAUUCUUUCCGCCGGGCCGCUCCAUCUGGUGCAAUGAUGGCUUGCACGGCGGUCCCACGGUCCGUCCGGUGGGUCGGAGUGGCGUCCACGCCUGCUGCAGGGACAGAGACUUUUGCAACCGCUUUCUCUGGCCAAAGACGAAGGACCAGCAGCCGUCGAGUUCCUUGGAGGGACAGCAUGUCGCUGUCGAAGAUUAUGUGCCGCAACGUCUGAGCAGCUGGGAGUUUGUGGCCAUUAUACUAGGAGCCACGCUAUUCAUUUGCUUCACGGGCACCAGCACCUGGUACUACUGCCAACGUCGCAAGCGUUUGGCCAGCGGCAGGCCGUUUGCCAAGGAGGAUUCUGUGUACGAUCCCAUACUGAAUGGUAACACCACCAUACACGAUAUUAUUGAGAUGACCACCUCCGGUUCGGGUUCGGCUGGUCUGCCCCUGCUGGUGCAGCGUUCCAUUGCCCGCCAGGUGCAGCUGUGCCAUGUCAUCGGAAAGGGACGCUUCGGCGAGGUCUGGCGUGGACGCUGGCGCGGCGAGAACGUGGCGGUCAAGAUCUUCUCCAGUCGCGAGGAGUGCUCCUGGUUCCGCGAGGCGGAAAUCUAUCAGACGGUAAUGCUUCGGCACGAGAACAUUUUGGGCUUUAUAGCUGCGGACAACAAGGACAACGGAACUUGGACACAGUUGUGGCUGGUGACCGACUACCAUGAGAACGGAUCGCUCUUCGACUACCUAACCACGCACGCUGUGGACACCAACACCAUGCUGAACAUGUCGCUGAGCAUUGCCACCGGACUGGCCCAUCUGCACAUGGACAUUGUGGGCACCCGCGGCAAGCCCGCCAUCGCCCAUCGCGAUCUCAAGUCCAAGAACAUACUGGUCAAAUCGAACCUGAGCUGUGCCAUCGGGGAUUUGGGUCUGGCCGUGCGCCAUGUGGAGAAGAACGACUCGGUGGACAUACCCUCCACUCAUCGCGUUGGAACCAAGCGCUACAUGGCACCGGAGGUGCUGGACGAGAGCAUGAAUGACCAGCACUUUGACUCGUACAAGCGGGCGGAUGUUUACGCCUUUGGCCUGAUCCUCUGGGAAAUUGCACGUCGCUGCAACAUGGGCAUCUACGAUGAGUACCAAUUGCCGUACUACGAUGCCGUGCAGCCAGAUCCCAGCAUUGAGGAGAUGAAAAAGGUGGUUUGCAUCGAAAAGAGCCGGCCGAACAUUCCAAACCGCUGGCAUGCCUCCGAUGUGCUGCACAACAUGGCCAAGGUGAUGAAGGAGUGCUGGUAUCCCAAUCCCGUGGCCCGCUUGACGGCGCUGCGCAUCAAAAAGACACUUGCUAGCAUCAGUGUGGAGGACAAGGUCAAGAACUGAUUGUGGCUCUAGUUUGACGAGUAGCCCGCGCAUCCCGUCCCCUGGGAGCGGCGGGGAGACAUACGUUAGUAACCUGUAACCUGGCCCCGUGUUACCUUAAAUGUCCUGGCAGCGCCUGCCAAGCAGUUCCAGAAACCCGUUAAGAAAUGAAAUACAAAGAAAAUUGUAAAUAUUAAGUGCUAACUCAUCCUUAACGUUUUCAAUACUUUGCUUUGUUUCCGAACGAGCUCGUUAUUAGUUUUGUGUCGUCUACACCAUCCCGAACUAUUGUACAUAACCUUCGUUGACAUUUUGCUGAGAUUUGCUUGUUUCCGGGCAGCGUGAGCAAGGCGGCGUGCCAAAAGUAACUGCCGCACUGCCAUUAGAGCUACCAAUUAGGGCCUAGUUAUAGACCAACAAACAAACACGUUAUAUACACCGUACAUAUUUUUUAUAGAUCGUGUUCGCGAGAGAAAAUCCAUCAAACGAAAGGAUAAAUACAAAACGAGAAACACAGUAAGACUUUGUCAAGACUGAGCAGCAGUGGAAGCAGUGAGAAACAAGAUUCAAAACGCGGCCAACUUUUUGCCUGCAAUAUAGAAAGUAUACAAAAACAGCCCAAACCAGAUCAUCAGCAGAGAAUAUACAUAAUUAACAAUUUAGGCAUAAACAUAAACCAACAGAAAAAGUUGAUAAACUCAGGAAAUCGUAAAGUAAAAGUAAAAUUUAAAGAAUCAAACAAUUUGGUGCGCCGCCAGCUCACGUACAGCUAGCUUGCCAUGCCCACGUCGCUAUUGCUGCUGCUGUGCCUCCCUAGCUUAAUACAUACCCAGCCCUUCUCCCCUAAGUAUACACCCAUAUUGCUGAAAGAGCUUCUUUUUAAAGUCCUUAGCUUAAACUAUUUUAAAAUGUCUACACCAAAACUCUCGAUCCUGGCAAUCAACCAAAUCUAAUUGCACGUUCAUCCUCACGCAUGCUUAUUUGUUUUGUUAUUUCAUCUUUCCAUACUUUACUACAUCUGUUCACUUAUAACCAAAGCUUGUUCUUCCUAUUUUAUCGUAGCCAUACAAAUAAAGCAAAGUAAAUAAAACUAUAAAAUAACAAAGCAAAAUAUAUGGUAUAUUUAUAUAUGAAUUGUAUACUAACUUUGCUUCUAUUGUAAAUUCUAAGGAACUAAAUGUUUCGCGAACAAACCUAAACCACUAAUUUAAGUCUGCGCACAUGCGGUUUGGUGUGCUUAUUCCGGGUAAUACAAUAUGUUUAACGUCGUAUAUUAAUUAAUUUCUUACAUCAAAUGCCAUAAAGCUAAAUGAGUCCAUUGUCAGUGUAUACCUGUUCACACAAUCCAUUACCAGAAUGCAAUAGUAGUUUCAACACAACCCAUGUUUCCUUAACCCAUCCACACACGCCAGCUGAGAGAUUAUAGGUAAACAUUAAUUAACAUUUUAAUCAUUUCGAUGUAAGCUACGUGUAAGCGUCUGUACGAGCAGUGCAUGCAAGAUUGUAAUUAGGGUUAUAAUUAUAUAGUACCUACAUAUUGUUAUUUUUUCGGCCUGCGAAAUUUACUUUCCUAUUUUAAUUUAAGCUACUAAAGUUAAUCAUUUCCUGUACGAACACAAUCGAUUUCUUUGGAAAACAAAUCUAAACAAAAUAUUUUUAGAUAUAUUUGCGUACGUAUAUUAGUUUUUGAAACUAUUCCUGUAAUUGUAAAAUCUGUAAAUAGUCUGUGCGUGCAAGUCAAAAA